AUUAAUGAAUAAAUUAUAUCCAACAGAUAAAAUACAUCAUCAAUAUGUUGAAUACCCUCAGCGUUGGAUCCAAUUAGUCUUAUUUUUAUGCGCUUUGCUUUCAAACAUUAUGUUCGGAUUUUCGCUUUCGCCCAUUGUCAAGGAAAUGUCAUUAGUUUAUUAAGUUGAUAGUAGGUAAAAAAAUAUUUAAUGACAUAGAUAUCUGCAAUUUUUGACAAUAAGUUUUACUGUCUUCUCAGUAAUUAUGAUAAUUCCAGGAAACAUUAUUAAUGAAAAAUAUGGAAUUCGUAUGAGUAUUAUGAUAGGUAUUAAAUAAUUGCAGUAUUAAAGGUUGUGCAUUGACUUUUAUAGGCUCGAUAUUUGCAAUUUUCAUAAAUGUUUCUUUUUGGUUUUUCUUCAUUGGAUAAUUGAUUUCUUUGAUAGGAUUUCCAUUCAGAUUGAUUAGCGCAUCAAAAUUUGUUGCAAAUUGGUUUUUCCCCGAAAACAGAAUCCUUAUUAUGGUUAUAAUCGCAUUAGUUUUUAAUGCAAGUUCAGGAAUAGCUAUUAGAAUUCCACUGAUAGUAUUAGGAGACUUUUAGAUACAUGAUCAUCCAACAGAUGAAUAAAUUGAGUUAGGAAGAGCCUUAAUUGAGAGUUUGAUGUUCUUGCUUUUUGGGUUGAUGAUUUUAUUAUGCAUACCUCCAAUUCUUUUUUUCUUAAGUAAACCAGUCACUCCUCCUAGUUAUAGUGCUUCCGAUGUAUAGAUACCUUAUUUUAUUAGGAAUGUGUUAGAGAAGAUUAUCAUAAAGCAAGUGUCAUAGUGGCUAGCAAUCCUGAUUUUAUAUUGCUAACUAUUAGUUUUGCUUUUAUCUUAGGAACAAUCACAUUAUUUACACUGCAGAUGGAAUAUUUUAUAUCACCCUUUGAUUAUUCGCUUAAAGAUUAGAGCAAUUUGGUGUUAGUUGGAGUGAUAGCUGGUUUGAUUGGAGAUAUUUGUGUUGGAACAGCAAUAAAGAAGACUUAAUCCUAUAAAAAAGUGUUGAGGAUUUGUAAUAUAUUAGUGACUGUCCUCUUUGGAAUACUCAUACUAGCCUUGCAUGUUAACAAAGUUUUCUUCUUUAUUAUUUAUUUUUUGUUGUGUGGAAGUUCUGCCAUUAUGGCCUUGACUUUUGAGUUCUCUUGCGAAUUAUGUUUUCCAUUGAGUGAGAACACUACAAUAGCUAUGCUCGGGUUCUUUGGUAAUCUUCUUAAUUUCUUGCAAGGAAUUCCUGAAAUCUUAAUUCUGAAGGUAUCUAUUACUUUAUCAUUCAAUUAGGGAGACAAUUAACUCUGUUCUACUAUGGCUAUGAUAUUUAUGUUGAUCUUGAUUGGUAGUUCAAAUGUUUUGACGAUGAAAAUUAACGAGAACCUCAAGAGAUCAGAAUAAGAUAUUCAAUUGGAUGAUAGGAUUGAAAAGAAAAAUACUGAAGUCAGCUUAUUAGAAUAAUCAAAAUUUAAUAAUAGUAAUGAUGAUUAUUGA